CCCUUUACAAACCGUCCCGUGAGGCCUUGCGCUCCCUCUUUGCAGCCAGCGCCGAGCCAUGGGGAUCUCCCGGGAUAACUGGCACAAGCGCCGCAAGACCGGGGGCAAGCGGAAGCCCUACCACAAGAAGAGGAAGUACGAAUUGGGGCGACCCCCGGCCAACACCAAGAUCGGCCCCCGCCGCAUUCACACGGUGCGAGUCCGCGGAGGCAACAAGAAGUACAGAGCCCUCAGGCUGGAUGUGGGCAACUUCUCCUGGGGCUCCGAGUGCUGCACUCGGAAAACCAGGAUCAUCGACGUGGUCUACAACGCGUCCAACAACGAGCUGGUCCGGACCAAAACCCUGGUGAAGAACUGCAUCGUGCUCAUCGACAGUACCCCGUACCGGCAGUGGUACGAAUCCCACUAUGCCCUGCCCCUGGGCCGCAAGAAGGGCGCCAAGCUGACUCCUGAGGAGGAGGAAAUUCUGAACAAGAAGCGGUCGAAGAAAAUCCAGAAGAAAUACGACGAGCGCAAAAAGAACGCCAAGAUCAGCAGUAUCCUGGAAGAGCAGUUCCAACAGGGCAAGCUGCUGGCUUGCAUCGCCUCAAGGCCCGGCCAGUGUGGCAGAGCAGACGGCUACGUGCUGGAGGGCAAGGAGCUGGAGUUCUACUUGAGGAAGAUCAAGGCCAGAAAAGGCAAAUAGACAGUCCCACCCCCACCCAAGGAAAUAAAUUCCUGGAUUCUA